ACUUUGGAUUCUGAAUGGAGAUCCAGCAAAUCAGAUUUUCUUAUAAUGAUGAGAAUCCACCUGCCAAACUUUCAGGAGAAAAACAAGACUCUCAGCAUUCCUUCUCAUUUCUGAUAAAAAGAGGGGCUCCUUCUAAUCUAGAUCAUCCUGACCCAUCUUUAGGAAAACUUCAGAAGGACCUGUUAUAUGUAGCCAUUCUUCAUCAGUUUGGCCCCAAGACCUCUCAGCCCAAUGUGGAAUGCUGGUUAAGCUGUCUAGCUCAUGAGAGAAGAGUUUCAGUCACUGCAUUGAUUUCCUUAGCCACCAAACUCAUGUGAAAUCAGCAACAAUCUAAGUGCACUUCUUGUGUUCUCAUACUCAAAGGCAAUCAAUGCCUGUUACGUAUUUAUUGUAUACAACCCAGAUCAACUUUCUUUACAAAUUCUUUUUAGAGCAGCACCAGGCCUGUGAAUUAUUUUAUUAAUUUAUUCAAAGUCUGUAUAUGAAGUAACACUUACAUAUAGAAAUUGUUAAUAAUGUCUAUAAUAUAUCUAGAGUUUCAUUAAACGUCACCCUUUCUAAUCUCCCCUUAUACUGCCAUAGUACCUGCAGCAAUGUAUUGUAUGGUCUUCUCUACUAGGCUCUAAACCCCUUAAAAGCAGGAUCAUGUCUUAUAUAUUUUUGCAUAAGCCCAGAUGUGUGUCUUUGCAUAAAUUAGAUGUGUGUCUUAAUCUGUUCAGGUUGCUACAACAAAAAUACCAUAAACUGGGUUGUUGAUAAGCAACAGAAAUUUAAUUUUCUUAUUUCUGGAGGCUGGGAAUUCCAAAACAAGGCAUUAGCAAAUAAUUUGGUGUUGAGUGAGAGCCUGCUUCCAGUCACAGGUAGCUCCUUUCUCUUUGUCUUCUCAUGGUGGAAGGGACAAGGGACAUUUCUCAUUUUAUAAGGGUACUAAUUCCUUCAGGAGAGCUCCUCUUCAUGAACUGAUUACCUCCCAAAGGCCCUACCUCCCAGUACUCUCAUCUUAGGGGUAUGAUGUCAGCAUAUGAACUCAAGGGAGACAUAAGUGUUCAAACCAUAGUAAUAUGGCCAGGCGCGUCACAGGUGGCUGUAAACAGAAGCUUAAUCACAUAUUUAUUCUGUACCCUGCUCCUUGGACUUUUUAUUAUGUCUACAGCUGGCUAUGUAUGUGAAACAUUCACUUUAAAAAGAUUUGUAUUACUUACAGACUACCUAACCAAUGCUAGGCAAAAGGUAGCUACUUCACCUUUCAUGGCCCUAAGAGACUCAACAAAUUGUAGCUUUAUUUGGAAGAGUGUUUCUGCGAUACACACCUUGUUCUGCCUGGUGUGGGCUGCCGGCUUGGCAUACUCCCUCUUGCUUCAUGCACAGCACAACAUCGUACACGAGGAAGAAGGCAGGGAGCUGUCCGGUCUGGUGAUUAUCACAGCAUGGACGAGCCUCUGCCACAAGUCCUCAAAGAAUCCAGUUGGUGGAAGAAUUCAGCUGCUUCUUGCCACUGCAAUAGCUUUGUUCCCAUUUAUUUCAUGGGUCUACAUAUACAUAAACAAAGACAUGCGGUCUUCUUGGCCAACACAUUGCAAGACAGUAAUUUAAAUGAAUCCAAGAAUGAUGUUUUCUAAAAAUGAGAAUAUUCAACUUUUUAUAAACAUUGGGGUAACAGGACAGUUUUCCAGUUUAUUUCAGGUAAUUUAAGCUGAUACAAGAGUUGAUCUAAAAACAAAUUUUAAAAGGUCUUGAGAACUUUUUAAGACUGCUUAUAAUACAUUGAAGAUUGGACAGAACAAGUUAAGAAUGGGGCCUGAUAUUCUCUGGCUGCCUUUCCUGGAGGAUAUUGUGCUACAGUGUAGUCAAAAGGCACUAGAAUGAAAGUUAAGAAAUCUGGGUUUUGCUGGGCACAAAGGCACAUGCCUGAUAGUCGUUAGCUACUCGGGAGGCUGAGGCUGGAGGAUCACUUGAGCUCAGGAGUUUGUGGCCAGCCUGGGCAACACAGCAAGGACUCAAGAUAAUAAAGCAUAAAAAUAAAUUUAUUAUGUAUGUGACUUGGGCAAAUAGACUCUAUAAACCUCC